AUGUGUCCGUGUGGUUUUGUGGCUUUGGGGAAUAUCUACAAGAACGCUCCCACACUCUUCGGGUACCCACCCCCAGCGGACUACAAGAAAGGCUUGGGGGUGGCAGCGCACGCGAAGGCUCCGCGGCCAGGGCCAGCCCACGGCGGCGCGUGGGUCUCGACCUGGGACUCCUCACGGGUCCCUGUGGUCCAGAUUGUGAUGGCGGCGGCCGCGGUGAUGGAUCCCGCGUGGGUCGCGGCGGACUGGUUGACGGGCGAGGAGGCCGCCGACUCCCGGAGUGUUGUGGCUGCACCAGAGCUGCGGCGGGAGGUGGGAUUUGGAGAAGGGGAUGUUAGAGGUGAAACCGACGGGAUUCUUGCCGUGUCGGGUAACGGCGGUGCGGGAAGAUCAAGUGGAGGGCCGGAGCAGUUUGUGUCCCGGGGAAUGCAUUUUGGACGUUGUAAAGCUCCUCUCGGAGAGGAGGUGGCCCAUGGGCAUCUGGCUGUGCGUCAGGGAUUCUGGCGGGGGCUGUGUUGGAGACCACUGAGGGAUGAGGCCCCAGGUCGAAGACUGGAGCAGCGGCACGGCCUGUGGAGGAGACGAAAAGCCAGCCUCAGCCGGAUCCAGGGCCCUGGUACCCCGGUUCCCCAGCUCUCGGGUGAGCAGAGAUCAUGGACAUCUCUCAUGAGGGGCCACCAGCAGGCUCACCUUGGGGGGUGUGUACCACGUUGCCCUGAUGGUAGAAGCACUGGGGAUCUCUGUAUAGGUUGUUGGUGUGCAGUGGAGGAUGAAGAGGUGCCUUCUAAGCAGAGCAUUUCUGUAGAAGUGUCACAGGAUAGUAUCUCCAAGGCAGGUUCAUCAGCCCAGAUGGCUCACCCUUGUGACACAUGUGGCCCCGUCUUGAAAGAUAUCUUGCACCUGGAUGAACACCAGGAAACACACCAGGGACUGAAACCUUACACAUGUGAGGCAUGUGGGAGACAGUUCUGGUUCAGUGCAGACUUCCUUCAGCACCAGAAGCAGUACAAUGUAGAGAAGCCCUUAAGAAGAGACAAAGGCAAGACCUCAUUUAUGAAGAACUGUAGAGUUUGUGAAGAACCUCACCUGUCAGAAAAGCCUUUACGAUGUGAGGAGGAGAACUUCCAGGCCAGUUUGGGCAGUCACCAGCAAAAGGCCAUCCACAGCAAGAAGAAGACAAGGAGCACCAAGAGCGGGGGGGCCUCUCACAGUAGACAUACGCAUUACAGGUGCAGCGAAUGUGGGAAGGCCUUCAACCGCAAAGACACACUCGUCCAGCACCAGAGAAUCCAUACUGGAGAAAGGCCUUACGAGUGCAGUGAAUGUGGGAAAGCCUUCAGCCGCAAAGCCACCCUUAUCCAGCACCAGAGAAUCCAUACUGGAGAAAGGCCUUAUGAGUGCAAAGAAUGUGGGAAAGCCUUUAGUCGCAAAGACAACCUUACUCAGCACAAAAGAAUCCACACUGGAGAAAUGCCUUACAAGUGUAGUGAAUGUGGAAAAUACUUUAGCCAUCACUCCAACCUAAUUGUACACCAGAGAGUUCACAAUGGAGCAAGGCCUUAUAAGUGCAACAAUUGUGGGAAAGUCUUCAGACACAAAUCCACACUUGUUCAGCAUGAGAGUAUCCAUACUGGAGAAAAUCCUUAUGUUUGCAGUGAUUGUGGGAAAUCCUUUGGCCACAAAUACACCCUCAUUAAACACCAGAGAAUUCACACAGAGGCAAGGCCUUUUGAGUGCGUCGAAUGUGGGAAAUUCUUUAGUCGAAGCUCUGACUUUAUUGCACACCAGAGAGUUCACACAGGGGAAAGGCCGUUUGUGUGCAGCAAGUGUGGAAAAGAUUUCAUCAGAACAUCUCACCUUGUUAGGCACCAAAAAGUUCACACUGGAGAAAGGCCAUAUGAGUGCAAUGAAUGUGGGAAAGCCUAUAGUUUAAGCUCCCACCUCAUUCGGCACCAGAAAGUUCAUACUGCAGGGAGGCUGUAGGCAGACUUUCAACGCAGCGGGACUCAUAGGGAGAGGAGCUCUGCGAGGACCCUUUGAGAGGAGGACAUCAGUGAGGUGUUGUUCCUCCUAUAUCAGCGUUAACAUCUGAGAUGGGUUAUGAAUGCUAGGUACAGGGAAGCUCUCGCGGGUUGCGUUGCACUUUGAGACAGGUCCUUGCCAGAUUUGUCACUCAAUGCCUGUGGCUAACACCAUCUCAGCUCUAUCAGCUUACUUACCAUAAUGUCCUCAGGGAAGGUAGAAUCCUGAAUUAAAUAGGAUUUCUCAUUGCUUCCCCCACUGAUUGAUUAAAGGUGUGGACCUUACUGUACAUCCUUAGCCAAGAGGAUCUGAGCUGUGUUCUGGCUUACAGAAAAGGUUUACUUUCUUCCUGGACACUGUUGGUCUCAUGUGGUACUUGUGACAGAUUUUCCAGUCUCCAAGUCACCCAUCCCGGAGAACUACUUGUCUUAUGUUGCUCUGGUUUCUGUGAUAAUAAAGACCUUGUUAUUAUUUAAGCCAUCGUUAA